AUUGCUGAUAGUUGUAUUCACUUCCCUACUUGUCUUGUUAGUUUAAUAUUAUUCUUGAAUUUGGUUUACCAUCCAGUUAUCUUACCUUGCAGUUGAGCAUGUGCAUGACUUUGGCUUUUUCCAUUCUCAUUUUUCUGAUGUUUUUCUUUGUGCAGUGAAGCAAUUUGGUUUGGAUUUGAUGGACCAGUAUGAGAAAGUUGAGAAGAUUGGAGAAGGAACUUAUGGUGUGGUUUACAAGGCUCGUGACCGUGUGACAAAUGAGACUGUCGCUCUCAAAAAGAUUCGCUUGGAGCAGGAAGAUGAAGGAGUCCCUAGCACGGCAAUAAGGGAAAUCUCCCUCUUGAAAGAGAUGCAGCAUGGCAACAUAGUCAGGUUACAGGAUGUAGAACACAGUGAGAAACGAUUGUAUCUUGUUUUUGAAUAUCUGGAUCUGGAUUUGAAGAAGCACAUGGAUUCGUGUCCAGAGCUUGCUAAGAAUCCGCAUUUAAUAAAAACGUUUCUCUAUCAGAUUCUUCGUGGAAUUGCAUAUUGCCAUUCUCAUAGAGUUCUCCACCGAGAUCUGAAACCUCAAAAUUUGCUAAUAGAUCUCCGCACCAAUGCAUUGAAGCUUGCAGACUUUGGAUUAGCUAGGGCAUUUGGUAUUCCAGUCAGGACAUUUACUCAUGAGGUAGUGGUAACCCUCUGGUAUAGAGCACCAGAAAUCCUCCUCGGGUCCCGCCAUUACUCUACUCCGGUAGAUGUCUGGUCAGUGGGUUGUAUAUUUGCUGAGAUGGUGAAUCAGUGCCCUUUGUUCCCUGGGGAUUCUGAGAUUGAUGAACUUUUCAAGAUUUUCAGAUAUAUGGGCACUCCGAAUGAAGAAACAUGGCCUGGAGUGACUUCGUUGCCCGACUUCAAGUCUGCCUUCCCCAAGUGGCCCCAUUAGGAUCUGGCAACUAUGGUCCCAAAUCUUGAACCUGCUGGAGUUGAUCUCCUU